AUGGGUACCAGAAACUGUACUACUCUUUUCUCUUUCACUGUUCUUCUCUUUCAUCUUCAUAAAAGUUUUGUUAUGCAAUCAUGGAUGCUCCGUGAAGCAGGGGGAGCUUUCAUGAAUGCCCAUGUUUUUCCUAGUGGGGUUCUUUUGUUAGCUUUUGUUUGUUUUGCUUUGAGCUUCUUGACCUUCAAACAAUGAGAGAACGACAUUCCGCAUUUGAUGCUGUCUUGUCAUUUGGGGUCCUUCAGUUAUUACUGUUCGUUUCACUGAGAAGGAGAGAGGUAGACAAGCUCUGAGAAAUUUUAAAUGGGUUUUUUUACAGAUGUGUGGAUGUCAAAGGAAGAUGAUGAGUUUGGCGUUUUAGGUUUAAGAACGAAUGUAGCAUUCUGGGUAGUUUUUGCUUCAAGUUUUGGUUCUGCAGGAAAGUUUAGAUUCAUGGGUUCUUAUCAAAAUCUCUGUUUCUUUGAUUGAAAACCUCUGGUUCUCUGCAACAUUCAAAGUCUCCUCUUCCCCUAAAAUGGGUUUUCUCUACUGGGUUUCUCUUUCUCUGGUUGGCUUUUUGUACAGAACCCACCUGGUUAUUGCUCUACACGAUGAUCGAUCGAUAAUGUUGGCUCUUAAGAAGGAGCUUGAAGUGCCUGGAUGGGGUGCCAAUGAUUCUGAUUACUGUUCUUGGACGGGCGUAAAGUGCAGCUCCAACCUAUCUAUGAUGGUAGAAAAGCUUGACCUAUCUCACCAUGACCUCCAAGGUAAUGUAACCUUAGCCUCUCGGCUCAAAGCCUUACAAUGGCUCGACCUUUCUUUCAAUAACUUUCAUGGGUCUAUUCCUUCAGCUUUUGGGAAUCUAUCAGAGCUAUGGUUUCUUGAUUUAUCUUGGAAUAAGUUUGAGAGCUCCAUUCCCCCAGAGUUGGGUAAUAUUACAAGCCUUAGAUCAUUAAACCUCUCUUAUAACUCGCUUACUGGAAGAAUUCCUGAUGAACUUCAAGGUCUAGAAAGUAUAGAGAAUCUUCAAAUUUCUGGGAAUAGAUUGAAUGGGUCUAUUCCAGAUUGGGUGGGGAAUUUAUCCAAUCUGAGAUUCUUCACUGCCUAUGAGAAUGAAUUAAGUGGCAAAAUUCCUGAAAAUUUAGGCUCUGCUUCUGACCUUCAGCUGUUGAAUCUUCACUCCAACCAGCUUGAAGGAAAUAUCCCAAAGAACAUUUUUGAGGCUGGGAAGCUGCAGAUUUUGGUCCUUACCAUGAACAAGUUGACCGGGAAUCUUCCUGAAUCGAUCGGAAACUGCAAAGGCCUUUUGAGUAUCCGGAUUGGAAACAACAUGCUUAUCGGAAGCAUUCCUAAAUCCAUUGGCAAUAUCAGUAGCCUUGCAUACUUUGAAGCAGAUUACAACAAUCUCUCUGGAGAGAUUGUGGUAGAGUUGUCUCAAUGUACUAACCUCACCCUUCUGAAUUUAGCAUUUAAUGGGUUUACAGGAACAAUUCCUCCAGAGCUUGGAAAGCUUAUUUACUUGCAGGAAUUAAUUGUUUCUGGUAAUAGUCUCUUUGGAGAAAUUCCAAGGUCCAUUAUUUGGUGCAGGAACCUUAACAAGCUCGAUCUAAGUAACAACAGAUUCAAUGGCACCAUACCAGAAGACCUCUGCAAUGCACCUAGAUUGCAAUUCCUGCUUCUGAGCCAGAACUCAAUAAGAGGUGAGAUACCUCAUGAGAUUGGCAAUUGUGCAAAACUGCUUGAGUUGGAAUUGGGCAGUAACUAUCUGACCGGCACUAUCCCUCCUGAGAUCGGGCGGAUCAAGAAUUUGCAGAUAGCGCUCAAUCUGAGCUUCAAUCAUCUUCAUGGACCACUACCCUCUGAACUAGGGAAACUCGACAAGCUGGUUUCGUUAGAUGUCUCUAACAAUCAACUUUCCGGGAUUAUCCCAUCUGCACUCAGAGGCAUGAUGAGCUUGAUAGAGGUAAAUUUCUCCAAUAAUAUGUUCAGUGGUCAAGUACCCAUCUUUGGUCCAUUCCAGAAGAGUGCCAAAUCAAGCUUUACAGGUAAUAAAGGACUCUGUGGAGAGCCACUGAAUUCUUACUGUGGAAGUUCUUUUGGUUCUGACCAUGGGGGUUACCAUCACAAGGUUUCAUACAGGAUCAUAUUGGCUGUUAUUGGUUCUGGUUUGGCAGUUUUCAUAUCGGUAACAGUUGUCGUUCUUCUGUUUGUUAUGAGGGAGAAGCAAGAAAAAGCAUCCAUGGAUGCAGGCAUUAUUGAAGAUGGAGCUGCUAAUCCACCAGUUAUAAUAGCAGGAAACAUCUUUGUUGAGAAUCUUAGACAAGCAAUAGAUUUUGAUGCUGCUGUGAAAGCAACAUUAAAGGAGUCCAAUAAGCUCAGCACUGGGACAUUCAGCACGGUUUACAAGGCAGUAAUGCCUUCUGGUAUGAUUCUAUCAGUGAAGAGACUGAAAUCCAUGGAUAGAACAGUAAUUCAUCACCAGAGCAAGAUGAUUAGAGAACUCGAAAGGCUGGGGAAACUCUACCAUGAUAAUUUGAUGAGGCCCCUAGGAUUUGUAAUCUAUGAAGAUCUUGUUCUUUUGCUGCAUGAUUAUUUGCCCAAUGGAACAUUGGCUCAGCUUCUUCAUGACUCAACCAAGAAGACUGAAUAUGUACCUGAUUGGCCUACAAGGCUCUCCAUUGCUAUCGGAGUAGCAGAAGGGUUAGAUUUCCUUCAUCAUGUAGCUAUUAUCCAUCUUGAUAUCUCUUCAGGUAACAUAGUUUUAGAUGCCAAUUCAAAGCCUUUGGUUGGGGAGAUUGAGAUAUCAAAACUCCUGGAUCCAUCAAGGGGCACCGCAAGUAUCAGUGCAGUGGCCGGUUCAUUUGGUUACAUCCCCCCAGAAUAUGCAUAUACAAUGCAAGUUACAGCACCAGGAAAUGUUUAUAGCUAUGGCGUUGUGCUACUUGAGAUUCUUACAACCCGAUUUCCGGUUGAUGAGGCCUUUGGUGAAGGGAUCGAUCUGGUGAAAUGGGUUCAUGGAGCUCCUGCAAGAGGAGAGACCCCGGAGCAGAUACUUGAUGCAAGGCUGAGCACAGUUUCCUUUGCAUGGAGGAGAGAGAUGCUUGCAGUUCUGAAGGUUGCCUUGCUCUGCACUGACAGCACACCAGCUAAACGGCCCAAAAUGAAGAAGGUGGUGGAGAUGCUGCAAGAAAUACACCAAAGCUGAUGGUGUUUAUUUUUUAUUUUUAAGCUCUCCAGCUUUUUGAUUCAAUUGUUUCAAGACUCAUAAUUGUGAUGUCUGGAGAUGGAGCUUCAGUUAUGUCAAUCAAUUCACCAGGUUAGAUGUCAUCAUCCAUAACAAGAAGAGGAUAUGGAGGUGGAGAAAGGGGAUUUUUUCAUGGAGAAUCAGUCUUUCAGAUAAUCCACCUACUUGUACUAAAUCAAAGGGGUCCUUGUGAGAUGCCAUUUGCAAUCUUAUCAAAUUGGAAACAGAAUUUGGUGGUCAAUUCAUGUCAGGGAGUCCCCAAAUGAGAAAGGAUUGCCCUUAGUUUCUGUGAAUACUAUUAGAACUAUAAUUUUGUCAUUGAAGUUGUGGUUUCUAGACAUGUGUUUUGGCAGAAAUCCAACUCAGCAAUCAGUUGUUCUCUCUUUGUUGAUGUUGUCAUGGGUUAUCAAGACUUUCAACUGAACCAAACAGAGGAACUCUUCAAUGUAUCUUGUAAGUUCUGGUUGAACUUUGCUUCCAUAAUUACUAUAUGGUGUGUGAACUAAGAGUUGCAGUUA